AUGAUCCUCGAAACCGCCAAUGCCCAGGAUGCGCGGGUUGAGGCGCUCUGGAGCCAGCUCGAUACCCGGAAGCAGGGCCAUCUCGACCUCAACGGCCUCAAGCGCGGCUUACGAAAAAUUGACCACCCGCUCAAGAACGCCGACGACCUCCUGAAGGACGUGCUGAAGAGCGUCGACGCUGACGGCAACGGCGAGAUCUCCUACUCCGAAUUCCACCAGUUCGUACGGCAGACGGAGCACGAGCUCUGGCAGCUCUUCCGAAGCAUCGACCGCAACAAUGAUGGCCGGCUGGAAAAGAGCGAGCUGCGAGCGGGCUUCCUGCGCGCCGGCCUCAGGGUGCCCGACUCCAAGCUGAACCAAUUCUUCGGCGAGGUCGACAGCAACAAGGAUGGGGUUAUCAGCUUUGAAGAAUGGCGGGACUUCCUCCUGUUCAUACCCGCCGAGACCCCCAGCCUGAAGGCGGUCAUGUCCUACUACUCGUCGACUGUGCAGAUGAACCCUGAGGGCGAUGUCGGAGUCAACGACGAGCUCAUGAACGGACUAGGUACUUGGCUACUCCACGCUCUCUUUGGCUCACUCAUCGGCAUUGCAAAAUCCCACUCCACCUCUUCCCUGCCCCCAGUCGAGCGCGAGAGUGAGACUUCUGCAUUGAUGCAAUCCGGCCCGCAGCGCCCAGCCACCGCGCAGCCGCCCCUCCUCCCGCCCGAAGUAGGCCUCGGAGCCUCGACCGCCACGCCCGAGAGCGCCGAGAAUUUAUGGCAAACGCAUGUGGAGCCGGUGCUGACUGCUUGCGUCCCGAAUCCAGGCUACUUUGCGGCGGGAGGUGUCGCUGGCAUCGUCUCUCGUACAACAACCGCUCCCCUCGACCGUUUGAAAGUGUACCUCAUCGCGCAAACCAGCACCGCCGAGACUGCUGUAGCCGCUGCGAAAUCCGGAGCUCCCGUCGUGGCGGCCAAGCAAGGCACCAAAUCUCUGGUGAUUGCCACAAAAGAAUUGUGGGCUGCCGGCGGAAUGCGGAGUCUCUACGCAGGCAACGGUUUGAACGUGGUCAAGGUCAUGCCUGAAUCGGCCGUGAAGUUUGGCGCAUUCGAGGCAUCGAAACGCAUGUUCGCCAAGAUCGAGGGCCACGGAAAUCCGCGAGACAUCCACACCUGGUCGAAAUUCAUGGCCGGUGGCUUUGGAGGAAUGGUUUCCCAGGCCGUGGUCUAUCCAUUGGACACCUUGAAAUUCCGCAUGCAAUGCGAAACCGUCUCCGGCGGUCUUCACGGAAACAAGCUAAUUAUAGCAACCGCCAAGAAAAUGUGGAUGAAGGAUGGCCUCCGUUCCUUCUAUCGCGGUCUGCCAAUGGGUCUUUUCGGGAUCUUCCCUUACGCGGCCAUCGAUCUGGGAACGUUCGAAUACCUCAAACGCGCCGUCACGACCCGCAAUGCCGAGAAACGCGGUUGCCACGAGGAACAGGCCGAGCCAGGCAGCUUCAUGACUGCAUUCAUCGGUGGAUUCAGUGGUGCCUUCGGCGCCAGUCUUGUCUACCCGCUGAAUUUGCUCCGCACACGACUACAGAGCCAAGGCACGGUCCUGCAUCCGAGGACGUACACUGGCAUUAUGGAUGUCACGCGUCAGACAAUCAAGGGUGAAGGUGCCAGGGGACUCUUCAAGGGCCUGACGCCUAACCUUCUGAAGGUCGUGCCGGCCGUGUCAAUCACCUACGUGGUGUACGAGAAAUCUAAGCAGGCCCUUGAACUUCAUUGA